UUGAACAUGUCUGGACGCGGCAAGCAGGGCGGCAAGGCUCGCGCCAAGGCCAAGACCCGCUCGUCCCGCGCCGGCCUGCAGUUCCCCGUGGGCCGCGUGCACCGGCUCCUCCGCAAGGGCAACUACUCGGAGCGGGUGGGCGCCGGCGCCCCGGUCUACCUGGCGGCCGUGCUGGAGUACCUGACGGCCGAGAUCCUGGAGCUGGCUGGCAACGCGGCCCGCGACAACAAGAAGACGCGCAUCAUCCCGCGCCACCUGCAGCUGGCCAUCCGCAACGACGAGGAGCUCAACAAGCUGCUGGGCCGCGUGACCAUCGCGCAGGGCGGCGUCCUGCCCAACAUCCAGGCGGUGCUGCUGCCCAAGAAGACCGAGAGCCACCACAAGGCCAAGGGAAAAUGA